GAGAAGGCAGACGAUGCGGCGACGCCUCGCGCUCCUCGCGGGCCUCGUCCAGGCGGCGUCGGCGGCGACCGUCGCGUCGGACAUCCUCUUCGUGUCCGCGCAGCCCGACGAGCCCGAGUUCAUCUGGCAGUGCGAGGCCUACGGCGCCAACUUCCGGUCGCUCGGCGUCGCACCGCACCGCGUCGCCAUGGUCUUCGCCGUCGCGCGGGGCCGGCCGGCGUCGGAGGGCCUCGCGUCGCUCCAAGCCAUGGGCUACCGCGUCGAGCCCUUCGAGGACGCGCGCGGCGCCGCGUACCGCGCGUACACGGGAACGGUCCGCCUCCACGCGAUGGCGCGGUUCUUCGACCGCUACGCCGCGGAGCUCGCGACGACGCGCGUCUUCUACCACGACGCCGACGUCGCGUUUCUGCGUUUGCCCGAGAUCCUCGCCGGCGACGGGUCGUGCCUGCCGCGCGCGGCGCCGCGGCUCGCGCUCAGCGACGCGGGCGCGUACGUCGGUUUCGGACACGUCGAGCGCACGGCGCGGGCCAUGGAGCGCAGCUACCCGGGCGCCUACGACGCCUGCUGGGCCGCCAUGUGCGGCGCCUUCCCCGGGUGGGAGAACGUCGAAGCCUGCCGCGCGGAGGUGGAGGAGCGGGAUUUGACCGGCACGGGCAUCUUCAGCCAGGGCCUGCUCGAGGGCGUCGACGCGGCCUUCUUCGCCGAGGCGCUCGAGCGCACCGCCGACCUCUUCAACCGGCUCCGGGCCUUCGAGGCGGAGAGGCCUCAUGUUGAGCCCAUGCCGUUCUUCGACACGCAGCUGUCCUGGAAGGCGGACAUGUUCGCGCCGCUCUGGCUGCUCUGGUCCGAGCAGCCCGCGGCGACGACGGCGACGUCUCCGGACCUGAGCUUCGGCUGGGCGACGGACUCGCGCGCCGAGGCCUCGACGCACGCGAUCCUCCACAUGGCGGGCGUCGCGGAGCCCGCGCGCGGCGUCUUCCACAAGGGGUCCUUCAAGAACGAAAGCCCCGUGGACCGCCUCUGCGCCGACGCGGGUGCCUUCGACGACGUCGACGCCGAUAGUGCGAGCGCGCUCUACGUGGAGCGCGCGCUCGACGUCGCCGUGAGCCUGAGGCCGGAGUCCGCGGGCUGCGCAAAAAGAGCGGCGCGCGACGUGCUCUUCGUGAGCGUCAUGCCCGACAUCCCCUUCCUCCGCUGGCAGUGCGCCGUCUACCUCCGCAACUUCCUCGACGUCGGCGUGCGGCCGAAGCAGGUCGUCAUGCUCUUCGCGCUGAAAAGGGGGGAGGAAGAGUCGAAAGCGGUGUCGCAGUUUCGCAACGCCGGCGCGCGGUCGCGGACCUACGUCGACGCGCGGCCCAAGACCGCGGCCUUCGAGUACACGGGCAGCAUCCGCCUCUGGCUCCUGGCCAAGUUCGUCGCCGACGACGCCGCGGAGCUCCGCGCGCACCGCGUCUUCUACCACGACGCGGACGUCAUCUUCCCCCGGGGCCUGCCGCCGCUCUUGGCGAACCCGCCGUCCCACGAGACGCGGCCCGGCGUCAAGCCACCGGGCCACGUCACGACCAUAUUAGCCGACGCGACGGCCUACACGGGCACGGGCCAUAUUCAAAGAAGCCACGACGGCUACGCGGCGCACGGAGUCGACGUCUGGGGCCUGCUCUGCGCGGCCGCGGACUGGGAGCGCGACACCUGCGUGUCGGUCGUGCGGGCACGCGACGGCGAGGGCACGGGCAUCUUCAGCCAGGGUUUACUCUACGACCUCUGGGACGCGGACUUUUUCCACGCCGCGUGGGAGGUCGGCGACGCCAUGUACAAAAAGAUCCGCAAGGAAGAAAAACGGCUCCACCUCGGGUCCUGGGGGGCGAACUCGGCCGUCGACGUCCAGCUCUCCUUCAAGGCCGACAUGCUCGCGCCGCUCUGGCUGCUCUGGAAGGCCGACGCCGCGGGCGAGGCCAGGGUCGACUCGUCGCUCUCGGACGAGUUCGCCUUCGCCUGGGCGACGUCGCCGCGGUCGGCGCUGGACCGGUCCCCCAUCCUCCACAUGGCCGGCGCCUGGAAGCGCUGCGGCGACACGGGCACGGGCGCGCGGGCGUCGACCUGCGGCUUCUUCAAGAACGAGUGGGUGCUCCGGUCGCCGGUCAACGCGCUCUGCGAGGACCCCGCGGAGUUCGACUACGUCACGGACGACGCCGCGUCCGUCGAGUACGUCGCCGUCUUCAAGCGUUUGGUGGAUGUCGGCCUGCCCAACGGCGUCGACGCCUGCGACCCCGCGCUCUAUGCGGGCGAGCCCCGCCUAUUGUCGCGCGAGACGCGCGGCGACGGCGCCGUCGUCGCCAAGUACGUCCGCCUCGAGGCCCUCGAGCCGGAGGUCGUCUGCGAGGCGCCGGAUACCUGCGAGACGAGGGUCACGACCCUCGAGCACCACUCCACGGACGUCAUGAAGGACGGCACGACGACGAACACGCGCCACGAGGACCGGUCCGUCGCCAGGACGCCGGGCGACUGCGCCGACCUGUGCCCCCACCUCGCCUCCGGUUAACGUCGAAAGACCCC